CUCUGCAAGAAGCCAGGUGAAGAAAGGGCCAGUAGCUAUGUGGCAUGCUGUCCCAUAUACUGCAGCAGUUUGCGUGGAAUCCGUAGGAUUGUGGGUAGCGGGACUGAGAUCAGGAUAAAUAAGGGGCAUACUGCACCGAGCAGCACUGCAGGACAGAGAAGAUCAGCAGUGAUGAGCCUGUAUGAGAAUAAACAUGGGGAUGGACAAUGCCCGCAGGACGAUGAGGAGACAUACACAAAUGUGUACACACUUAGAAGGUCAUCGACCGAGGAUACUGAAGCAUCAGAAACAUUUAAGAUCUGCAAAUAUGGUUCCUGCAGUUGGAAGAAGUGGUCUGUGCAUGGUACAGUGGCUUUUCUUGGGGUUAUGUGCCUGCUCUGGAUAAUCCUGAUGAGCACUAUAUGUGCAUUAUACUUGGCUAUCUUGGGAAAUCUGGAGGAAAUGAAGCAGAGUAACAGAGAGGCCAACUUGAAAUUGUCACAAGUGAAAGAAAGUAUUGAGGAAGCUCAAGAACAGCUUAUGGGCAAAAUAAAUGAACUCAACAACAUCGUGAGAUCAGGAUGUCCUCCAGGAUGGCAAGCAAUAGGUUUCCAAUGUUACUAUAUAUCAGCAGUUACUAUGUCAUGGCAGGAGGCUGCGCAGUACUGCACCAAGCAGCAAUCCAAACUUCUAAUUCUACAAAACAAAGAAGAAAUGGAUGCCUUGCAGCCAUUCAUUGGUGGGGAGACAUUUUGGAUUGGCUUGAAGUUAUUGUCUAACACUUGGAAAUGGGUUGAUGGUUCAGAUCUUGCUUUCAGCAACUGGAGCCCUGCAGAGCCCAAUAACAUUAGCCUUAUGGAACAUUGUGUGGAGAUGAAAUUAGGUGGAUGGAAUGAUGUGGGCUGUGCAAAGAAGAAUAAAUUCAUCUGUAAGCGAGAGUGAAUCUGUGGUGUAUGGACACACCUUCCCCAUCUCCAUGGCGACACAGGACGCAAUUAUUGUACCAGCUGUUCUGAUAUGACAGAACCAUUUGUAUCACUGACAGAAACUAUUAGGUAUCCAUACCAUAAUGUAGUGUAUAGAGGAUAUAUCACAUUUAAACUGAUUAUUACAAUGCUCAGAAAUAAAGUACUAGUAAAUAAAGAGUUCAGAAUAAUGCA